AUGGACCCUCCUGGAACUUCCCGAGCCGAGCUUAAUACUCCAGGUCCAGGUACUCCUCUGACGGAGGCUUCCAUGGUGCUGUCAACUCUUGGCGGCCAGCCCAAGGCCUUAUCCGAUACCGAGGUCAUGUUGUACAUGGAUGAGUCGAAAACAGGAACCCCACCGCCUAGCAGCAGGAUGCGAAGAGGAGAAAGGGAGAGCGUUAGAGGAGCGUUCUUCGUUAGUCAAACGAGCACAGUCACAGAAGCAGCAAGUGACGAUAUUGAUGAUUUGGAUAAUGAACUUCCUAGAGUCACACAUCCGUUCCAAGAUAAUCUUGUCACUCCAGUAAAUCGCUCACAGAUAUUGAUGAUCAGGUCUAACUAUUUCGUGAGUGUCAAACCAGGUCUCAUCUAG